AUGGAUGUGUUUUUCGUUCUGGUGACAUUAACGAUUAUCUUUGUACUUUUGCCGAAACUAAUAGUUUCCUCAAAAUCCAUUUCACAGUCUUAUUUAGAUUAUUCCAAACUUGACGACAAACCUGAUGACAGUUCUUUAAUAGGAAUAUUUUCUGGAAAUUCACGGCUAACCUGUGCUGGCGGAUGCAAUGAACAAUGUACUUGUUUCGGUUACAAUGAUAGAUUAAAGAAAUGCCGCAUUCAUGAAAGAUGCCCCCUCAACAUCAUGAGAGCGCCAGGAGAUGGAUGGAAGUAUCUCGUAAAAAAAGCGUUUGACUGUAAAGAACUAUUUGAUAGUGGUAUCAGGGCGUCAGGUGUAUAUACAAUUCAGCCAUUAACAGAUCAACCCACUGAUGUUGUGUGUGAUAUGGAAACAAAGGGGGGAGGCUGGACGACACUGAUGAAUCGAAAAGAUGGCUCCGUAAGUUUUGCACGAAACUGGAUGGAAUAUAAAUCUGGUUUUGGGAAUAUCACCUCUGAAUACUGGAUUGGAAAUGAAAUCAUCCAUCACUUAACGAGAAAGAGAAACUCUUUGCUGUAUAUAACUGCUACACAUGUCCUUGGUUUAAAGUUCUUCGAACAAUAUGACGUAUUUUCAAUUUCUGACGAAGAGAAUGGAUAUGCUCUCCGUAUUGGAGGUGCCUAUGGUGACGCAAUGACACCCAUUAUACCUAGUUUAAAUUUGAAUGGAAUGAAGUUUUCAACCAUAGACAAGGAUCAGGACAAAUCAUGGCAAUCCUGUUCCAACGACAUGGGAGGAGGAGGUGGAUGGUGGUUCAACGGGUGUCAUUUAGCCCUCCUCACGGGUCCCUACGGAAGUUUAACCUGGGUGUUUCCUUGGAAGCCAAUAUUUAUGGAUGGAACUCAUGUUCGUUCUGUUCGAAUGAUGGUUAAAUGA